AUGGCCAGAUUGAUUCUUCCUCCAGCGAUCCCACUCGUAUUGUUUCCCUGCACAACACUCCUUUCAACGUCAACGUUCCUUGCUGCCUCAGACGACCACUGGCUCUGUCAUGAAUCUGUCGCCAGCGACGCCGAUACACCCUCCGCAUUUUCUCUGGAGUUGAGCGCAACUUCGGGCGUGGCCUAUGGCUCUAUGGUCGCGAGCGAGGCCUCGGUCUCUGGCGAUCUCAACUCAUUUUCUGACUACGAGGCGUUACACUCCUUUACAACCGAGUUUCCUUCUCCUGCUUUCACUUCUUCACAACGAAAAGCAUCAGAGAGCGUGGUUUCAACAUCGACUGGCUCGCCUGUAGCACCGACAAUUACCGCUGAUGAAAGCGGCGACUACAUAGUCAUCGAGGCCGCUCAGAAAACCGGCCACCCAACUGCAAUUGUCGUUGUUGACAUCUACACCGAAAACCGAAAACGUCGUUAUCCAGGCUACACCCACUGUCACUAUCGUCGGUCGUCAUCAACAACGGCGGAAACGCCAAUCCUGCACUCCCUUUCUCGACGACGAGCGCGCGGCCAGGAUCACGCGGAAGAACAUCAAAUUCUCAUAUCCCAGGCUCGAGGCUCGGGCGGAGCCGUCCUCCUCCAGGGCAGCAAGAAUGCAUUCUACAACUGUCAAUCCUACGCUGCCGGCAUCGCUACCAUCACCGGCUCAUAUGCCCCCGCCAUUAUCGCCAACAGCGAGGCCCUGACAAGUAAUGGCCUCCUUUUUUACAACAAGGACGCUCUCGCUGGAAGCACUCCUCAUAACUCAACCAUCGUCUUCGAUACCUGCGACAUCAGUCAGAAGAGUGGACCAAGCAAUACCCGUGUAUCCCUCAACGCGGGCAGCGGCAAUGACUCGGUGUCUGUUUUCAAUGAAUUUAGCCUCGGAGGCUUCCUCGCUGCUAGCGGUGUCUACGUCGACACCAAGACGCAGCCCAACCUGAGCAAAUAUAUCGACUACUCCAACCAAGUGUCGGACCGCUCCAAGUAUGUGACUCUUGUCACGGACCCUAAGGACCUUGCUCCUUAUGAGAUCUCCGCCUUCUUCAAGAGCGCAUACCCAAGCGUUGCGGUCUCCUCCCUCGAUUGGAUUGAUCAAGGUGUACUCAGUACCAUUCAGGCCAACAACGCCAAGGACUUCAAGCAGGAUGUUGAGACCACAACCUCAGCCGCUGCUACGACUUCAGAAUCUUCUCCGGAGACCUCUGAGUCAGCGACGACUACAUCCGAUUCGAAGAAGACCACCUCUGAAUCAUUGACAAAAGCCGCUGCGCGACACUACAGAGGAAUAGACUUCCGCCGCACCUACAACAUCCUCGUGCUCACUGCCUUCAGCUGUCCCCAGCACGGUUCUCGCUGUCGGUCCCAAGAGCAACCCUUGCGCCUAUACAUUUAUAUCCUUAUCGGAACAUACCAGGGACAGGUCUCAGUCAUCCGUACUGGUGCUACUGUCUUCCGUGGUGAAGCCAUUGAUGGCUCUUCGCCCAAGAACAACAAAGUCACCAUCACUGCCAGAAACGCUGGCCUUUCAAGCAGUGGGUGUCGAUUUCACCUAUAUUGGCCGAGAUCCAAUGCUGCGUUUGUGAUCUCGUUCCUUGAUGGUCAUAUUUCCGGCGCCGGGUGGAAGAUUGCUUCUCCCGCUAAACUUGCUGGUACCUUCACUGAGGGUAACGACACUGGUCCUGGCUGGGGCUCCUCUGCUCGUAAUUCUCCUGCGACUGUUGUCAGUGAUAAUUCUUUGUUCAGCGCUGCCAGUAUCUUGGGCAGUGAUGCUUGGAUUGAAAAGGCUGCCAUUUCUUCUUUCCCAGGAUGGCCUUAUUCUGUAUGCGGCAGAGAUACUGCCGGCACCACGAUCACUUCAUCUGCGACUACAGCCUCUAGCACUACAAGUGCUACCGAUGUCGGCGCCAUGAGGACCCCUGGUUCACCUCCUACCGGUAAUGAGUACAAGACAGUGGACUCUGCCCUUGUGGCCAUUCUCGACGAUGGACAACACUGA